AUCCACGCAGUUACACGCCACACGGCAAUGGCGUACGACGUAUCAUGAAAAAUUAAACACGGCCUCAAUAUUCACAAAUAUUCGUAGCACAUCACCUGCUGUCUAAACAAUGUGAAACGUCACGCGUUGUCAUUGCAAAUCACUUUGGAGACUGUUAAAAGCUAUAUCAACGAAUCGUUAACACUUGCUCCAUCAAUCGCCUGAUGUCAGCAUUAUUUUUCCUUUAUCGAGGUGAUAGAUAUUUCAUUGGUGAAGGGCAACAACCAGUUGUGCAUUUACAUAGUGAUUCAAUAUGGCGUCAACAGAUCUUUCUUCAGGCGCAAUACCACCUUUCUAUCGCGAACUCCAUGGGAAGAUAUGCUCUCCAACUAGUGGUAAUAUUGAACGAGAAGUUUUUAAAUCGCUGCUCAUAAAGUCACAACUUAGCAGCCCAAUUUUAAGCCAGAUAUGGGAGUUGGUAGACAGUAAAACUGGAUAUUUGAGUAGAAGUGGAUUAUACAAAGGCCUGGCUCUAGUAGCAUUUGCUCAACAGGGCAAACAGCCCAGUGACAAGCUCCUCGAAAAUGUUGAAACCCAAGAACUUCCAGUACCUUCCCUCGGUGAUUUAUCCGAGGUUGUACUGCUCGCUCAAAGACUCUAUCGUGGGACCAAUCCUGCUAAAUUGAAUCUAGCAUACACGGAUAUAUGUAAAUUGGACAGCAUCGAAGUGAAUAUUGUGCCAGAGAGAAAGGGUAUAUUUUUGAAGCACGUGGAAUAUCAAGUCACUAGCAAAGCUUUCAAUUCCAUUGUUCAUAGGCGUUAUAGCGAUUUUGUGUCUCUACAUGAACUGCUGUUAGCGAGAUUUCCUUACAGGCUGAUACCAAAAUUGCCACCUAAAAAAAUUGUCGGAGCAGAUUCUCAGUUUCUCGAGGAAAGAAGGCGUUCUCUCCUUCGGUUCCUCGUUUUAAUCGCUCGUCAUCCCAUAGUCCGGAAAGAUCCGAUAGUUCAAUUUUUCUUUACAUACACUGGUGAGGAAACUCAGCAUAAAAUUCGCGAGGUCUUCAGACGAGUUCCAGAUGAAUUUGCAACAUCAGAAUUAUCAUCGAGAGCUAAGGAAUUGGUCCCUCCUGAGACCCUCACUGAAUUUGCCAACAGUCGCGAACAGAUACGAGUUAUACUUUGCGGGAUAUCGAGGCUGAAGAACAUUGCGGACUGCUUGGCAAUAAGAUCUCACUCAUGUGCGGUUGACAUGGCAGAAUUGGGAACACAAUUGAGUAAUUUAGCGUCGGAGCCGCACGGUAACAGUAGUUGGGCCAGUGGUGGCUCGACAGUAUGGCAGGACAUAAAGAAGGGCUUUCACGUUAUGGCAAAGGAAUUCAAUUUAUUAUCGACACGAGCACUUCAGCAGGCAGUGAGGGAGGAGACUAUGAUCUGCGAAAGAUUGAAUCUGCUGUUGGAUGUGUUGGUGGCACACAGAACACUUUGCGAAAGACAUGAAAAAGGAGUCAGUGCUGAUCAUCAGCGAGCACUUUCAUCCAUGCUCGCCCUGAAGAAGAGACAGAUGCAAGGGGUGAUUCGAGGCACUGACGCAGAUACCGUAGAGUGUCUUGAAAAUAAAAUGGUAGCUCAGGAGUCAGUCAUAGCAAAUGUUGAAUUAAGGAAUUCCUUCUCACUCCACUGUCUUCACAUGGAGACACAACUUAUCCAUGCAUAUUUGGAAAUAUUAGCAGGGGUCCUCCAAAGCCUUGUAAAAGUUCAAAUCAGGGGCCACACGGAGCUGGGCGAGGUGUGGAAGCUUAUAGAGCCGACGAUAAUGAAGUGCCUCCCAGAAAAAUCAUCCAUGAACACCAAUGGUAUUUCUGAUAACGAAACGGGACUUUUGUGACAUAUUACUACUUUCGAAAACAACAUUGCAGUCUUCCGAAUACUACAAGAUUGAAUUAAUUUCAAGGAGCAAAAUACUCAAUUGGAGAACAUAAUAAUGCUGCCAUAAUGUUGCAGUGAGAGCGAUAAGCGGAGGAUCAGGCGUUGUGCAAUCGUAAACUCACGAGAUUUACGUAUAAUUCACAUGUACCACUCGUGCGUUAUCAAUAUCACAGGCGAGUUAAUGAGAUAGUGACAAUUUUCUGUACAAUACUAGUUUUUUAUGGAAUGACGCAUAAUAAUUUUAUAUCGUGAUGCACUGUAUUGUUGAAUUUUGUUGUCAAUCGUUGAAAAUCGGAAAUUAGCGGAAUCUCAAGGUGUGAUAAUCCGUAUCCAUCGUUUUUUAAAAUGAACUUUCUAUUGUACUUAAUAUAUAGUUUAUGGGGAACUAUUGCACAGGAAUAUCAUAGCACUUGUACAUAAUUAAGAAUUUGUAUAUAAAAAAAAACUGUUGAUAUGUAGAUUUUUAUAAAAAUUGGGAGUUGGUGAUGCAUUUUAUGGCGUUUAAACGAAUAAAUCAGAAAAAAUUAA